GCGGUGGCGGCCGGGUUUUAUAAUCCGCAGGGCGGGCGCCGCGCAGGAGACGGGACAGCACCGCGUACCGCGCAAUGGGGGCCGUGUCGGGCCGCCCUGAGCUGGGGCCGCGGCCACGGCUCCUGUCACUGCCGCUGCCGCUGCCGCUGCUGCUGCUGCUGCUGCUGUUGCCACCGUCGCCACCCAGCGCCCUGGCUCUUGACCCCACGCUGCAGCCAGAAGAGUUUUCCGCCGACGAGGCUGGGGCGCAGCUCUUCGUGAAGAGCUUCAACCCAAAAGCCGAGCAGGUGCUGUACCAGAGCACAGUCGCCAGCUGGGCGCACGACACCAACAUCACCGAGGAGAAUGCGCGGCGCCAGGAGGAAGCAGCCCUGCUCAACCAGGAGUUUGCAGAGGUCUGGGGCCAGAAGGCCAAGGAGCUGUAUGACCCAAUCUGGCAGAACUUCACCGACCCAGUACUGCGAAGGGUCCUCAGUGGUGUACGCAUCCUGGGGCCUGCCAACCUGCCCCUGGUGAAGCGGCAGCAGUACAACUCUCUGCUAAGCAGCAUGAACAGAAUCUACUCCACCGCCAAGGUCUGCUACCCCAACAGGAAUGACACCUGCUGGUCCCUGGACCCAGAGCUCAUGCAUAUCCUGUCUGACUCGCGAAACUACGCCCUGCUGCUGUAUGCCUGGGAGGGCUGGCACAAUGCCGUGGGCAUUCCCCUGAAACCCCUGUAUGAGAAUUUCACUGUCCUCAGCAAUGAGGCCCACGAGCAGGACGGCUUCUCAGACACAGGAGAAUACUGGCGCUCCUGGUACGAGUCGUCCACCUUUGUGGAGGACCUGGAGAAAAUCUACCAUCAGUUAGAGCCCCUCUACUUGAACCUCCAUGCCUACGUCCGCCGCGCACUGCACCGCCGCUAUGGGGACAGAUACAUCAACCUCCGGGGACCCAUCCCUGCUCACCUGCUGGGGGACAUGUGGGCCCAGAGCUGGGAAAACAUCUAUGACAUGGUGGUGCCUUUCCCUGACAAGCCCAAUCUCGAUGUUACCAGCACAAUGGUUCAGAAGGGCUGGAACGCUACGCACAUGUUCCGGGUGGCAGAGGAAUUCUUCACAUCCCUGGGGCUCUUGCCCAUGCCUCCUGAGUUUUGGGCAGAAUCCAUGCUGGAGAAACCAAACGACGGGCGUGAGGUGGUGUGCCACGCCUCUGCCUGGGACUUCUACAACAGGAAAGACUUCAGGAUCAAGCAGUGCACACGGGUCGCUAUGGACCAGCUGUCCACAGUGCACCAUGAGAUGGGCCACGUGCAGUACUACCUACAAUACAAGGAGCAGCCUGUCUCCCUGCGCCAAGGUGCCAACCCUGGCUUCCAUGAGGCCAUCGGGGAUGUGCUGGCGCUCUCUGUGUCUACUCCUUCACAUCUGUACAAAAUUGGCCUGCUGGACCAUGUUGUCAAUGACACAGAAAGCGACAUCAAUUACUUGUUAAAGAUGGCACUGGAAAAAAUUGCCUUCCUGCCCUUUGGCUACUUGGUGGACCAGUGGCGUUGGGGGGUCUUUAGUGGACGCACCCGCCCUUCCCGCUACAACUUUGACUGGUGGUAUCUUCGAACCAAGUAUCAGGGCGUCUGUUCUCCAAUUGCCCGAAAUGAAACCCACUUUGAUGCAGGAGCUAAGUUUCAUGUCCCACAUGUGACACCGUACAUCAGGUACUUUGUGAGUUUUGUCCUGCAGUUCCAGUUCCAUCAAGCCCUGUGCAAGGAGGCAGGCCACCAGGGCCCACUACACCAGUGUGACAUCUACCAGUCCACCAAGGCGGGGGACAAGCUCCGAACGGUGCUGCAGGCAGGCUCUUCACGGCCCUGGCAGGAGGUACUCAAGGAUAUGAUUGGCUCAGAUACCCUGGACGCUGAGCCACUGCUCAACUACUUCCAACCAGUCCGUCAGUGGCUAGAGGAGCAGAACCAGCGGAACGGCGAGGUCCUGGGCUGGCCGGAAUAUCAGUGGCAGCCACCGAUGCCCGACAAUUACCCGGAGGACAUUGUUCUGGUGACUGAUGAGGCUGAGGCCAGCAAGUUUGUGGAAGAAUAUGACCAGAAAUCCCAAGUGGUGUGGAACGAAUAUGCUGAAGCCAACUGGAACUACAACACCAACAUCACCACAGAGGCCAGCAAGAUCCUGCUGCAGAAGAACAUACAGAUGGCAAACCACACCUUAAAGUAUGGCACCCGAGCCCGGCGGUUUGAUAUCACCUACUUCCAGAACACCACCAUGAAGCGGAUGAUACACAAGAUUCAGGACCUAGAGCGGGCAGCACUGCCUGUCGAGGAGCUGGAGGAGUACAACCAGAUCCUGCUGGACAUGGAAACCACUUACAGCGUGGCCUCUGUGUGCCACUCCAACGGCACUUGUCUCCAGUUAGAGCCUGAUCUGACCAAUCUGAUGGCCACAUCCCGGAAAUAUGAAGACCUGUUAUGGGCAUGGAAGAGCUGGCGAGAUCAGGUGGGAAGAUCCAUCCUCCCUUUUUUCCCAAAAUAUGUGGAACUCUCCAACAAGGCUGCCCGGCUCAAUGGCUACGAAGACGCAGGGCAAUCGUGGAGAUCUACAUAUGAGAUGCCAACCCUGGAGCGGGAUCUGGAGCAGCUCUUCCAGGAGCUGCAGCCGCUCUACCUGAACCUGCACGCCUACGUGCGCCGGGCCCUGCACCGCCACUAUGGGCCCCAGCACAUCAACCUGGAGGGCCCCAUUCCGGCUCAUCUGCUGGGGAACAUGUGGGCGCAAACCUGGUCCAAUAUCUAUGACUUGGUGGUGCCCUUCCCUUCAGUCCCCAAGAUGGAUGCCACGGAGGCCAUGAUAAAGCAGGGCUGGACACCCAAAAGGAUGUUUAAGGAAGCGGAUAAUUUCUUUACCUCCCUGGGCCUGCUGCCUGUGCCCCCCGAGUUCUGGAGCAAGUCAAUGCUGGAGAAGCCGACCGACGGGCGAGAGGUGGUGUGCCAUGCGUCCGCCUGGGACUUCUACAAUGGCAAGGACUUCAGGAUCAAGCAGUGCACCACCGUGAACAUGGAGGACCUGGUGGUGGUCCACCAUGAAAUGGGCCACAUACAGUAUUUCAUGCAGUACAAGGACCUGCCUGUGACCUUCCGAGAGGGUGCCAACCCUGGCUUUCACGAGGCCAUUGGGGAUGUGCUGGCCCUCUCAGUGUCUACCCCCAAGCACCUACACAGCAUCAACCUGCUGAGUAGCAACGAUGACAGCUACGAGCAAGACAUCAACUUUCUGAUGAAAAUAGCGCUCGACAAGAUCGCCUUUAUCCCCUUCAGCUAUCUCAUCGACCAGUGGCGCUGGAGGGUGUUUGAUGGAAGCAUCACCAAGGAGAACUACAACCAGGAGUGGUGGAGCCUCAGGCUGAAGUACCAGGGCCUCUGCCCCCCAGUGGCCAGGUCUCAAGGCGACUUUGACCCCGGAGCCAAGUUCCACAUUCCUUCAAGUGUGCCUUAUAUCAGGUACUUCGUCAGUUUCAUCAUCCAGUUCCAGUUCCACGAGGCGCUGUGUCAGGCGGCUGGCCACGAGGGCUCCUUGCACAAAUGUGACAUCUACAAGUCCAAGGAGGCAGGGAAGCUCCUGGCAGAUGCCAUGAAGCUGGGCUUCAGUAAGCCAUGGCCAGAAGCCAUGAAGCUGAUCACGGGCCAGCCCAACAUGUCCGCCUCAGCCAUGAUGAAGUACUUCAAGCCGCUGCUGGACUGGCUCCUCAUUGAGAACGAGCGGCACGGGGAGAAGCUGGGCUGGCCUCAGUACAACUGGACACCAGACUCCGCUCGCUCGGAAGGCUCAUUCCCGGGCAACGGCCACGUCAACUUCCUGGGCCUGAACCUGGAGGAGCAGCAGGCCCGCGUGGGCCAGUGGGUGCUGCUUUUCCUGGGCGUCGUCCUGCUGGUGGCCACCUUGGGCCUCGCCCAGCGGCUCUUCAGCCUUCGCCACCGCAACCGCCACCGGCCCCACCAUGGGCCCCAGUUCGGCUCCGAGGUGGAACUGAGACACUCCUGAGAUGACCAGGCCUUGCAGGCCAGCUGGGGAGCACCCACCACCAAGAGACCCGGAUGGGGACAUGGGGCGGGCGAAGGACCCUGACCCUCCGCUCCUCUCACAGCUCCCCCCAGCCCGCCCUCCUCUUCCUGCCCUCCCCCUUCCUCUCCCUUCGCCUCCAGUCCUGUGCUAAGAAUCCAUCCUCCAGCCCCAGAACCACUGUGACCCCUGUCCCCCAGCCCCCAGGCACCCGGCCGCCUAACAAGGAGCCCCCACCCUCAGUCUCUCUGUGAAUACGAUUAAAGGUCCUGCCCUCCCA